GGUUGCACCUGGUUCAUUAGACGACUACAACACCCAGAGAGCAGCGCGUUGCGUGUGUCGUGAGAGGCGGCUGAGGCAGGCGGCGGCGAUGCCGCUUCUCGUCAGUAACCGCCCGAUCCAGCUCCCGUCGUCGACAGGCGACUUUAUCGAGCGUUAUUCGCAUUUAAAGGAAGCUGCAAAAUCUCUCCAAUCAAAGCCAGUGUGUAAGAUAGAUCCUAAAGGUCUUUUGUAUGUUCAUCAAAGAGAAUUUGCAACAACAACUCCUCGGGAUGGUUCUGUGUCUAUACUUGGUACGGAAGAUGCAACCACUUGCCACAUGGUAGUUCUGCGACACACAGGGAGUGGGGCUACAAGUUUGGGACAUUGUGAUGGAGCAGAUACAGAACUGACAGUCUCUUUAAUGUUCAAUGCGGUGAAGUCCUUGUCAGUAGGAUGUGAUUCUGGAAGAUAUGAAGUUCACCUUGUAGGGGGUUUCAUUGAUGAAAGGUCAUUGUCUCACAGACUCACUCUUGAACUUCUUGAAGCUUUGAAUUGUCAAUCAGAGAACAUUCAUCUGGAAACAUACUGUUUAACAGAACUUAAUGAUGUAGUGAAGCAAAACAUUCAUUGGCCUGUAAUUUAUGGGAUAGCUGUAAAUGUGAAAACUGGAGAUAUUUUUCAUGCAACUUUCCCAGACAGAGGCCCAGAUGAGGUUAUCCGUGCUGCUCGUACUUUUUUAGGGGGUUCUAUCAUGUCAAUUUAUAACGCAAAAGAGGAACAACUGCAGAUUGACCCUUACCAGUGGAAACAAUUUACAGCUGCUCAGUUCUGGCUGCAGCAGACUGAUCAAGUGAUACUGCAGAACUUUUCAACAUCGCCACUUGUUGAACCAUCACACUUUGUUACACAGGAGAGGUCCGUUUUCCGAUUUCUGUCUCGCUAUCCAGAGGAGCCAUUAUUUCCUAAGGGUAGGUCCAGGAUCUACAAAAAAACUUCGGAUGGUUUGUGGGAGAGGAUUGAUUGUGCUGCCUAAUGUUUUGAAUUAGAGCCACUAACACCCAAGUGCUUUAACUGCUUCUGAUCACAAGUGACACUGCAUUAAGAGCACAACACAGAGGCAUGUUUAAAUCAGUUCAUCCUGCAAUUGCAGCUUCAAAAAUGAAAUUCCUGAAUCAUUUUAUCAGCUGGCAGUACAUUAAGUACUUUUGUAAGGCCUCAGCAAUCAAUUCGUGGACCACCAUAUACAGAAUGUUAUGUAGGAAAUAUGCUUCAGGUUGGAGUUUGCAUAAGAAAAUUUUGUGAUGUUUAUUUUACUGGCAGUAGUAAGUCUGGUGAAUACUUUGUAAAUUUAUUUCUUGAUUAUGUAAUGAUACAAGAACAAAAAUAAAUUAUAAAUACUUGUUUCUUUUGAAUGAU